CCAAUAACCAUGUUACUUGUCACAAUAAUUUUAGUGUUUUUUAUUAACUUCACAAUGAACUGCGUUAUUGACAAUCGAUCGAAAGAAUCGAUGGUUGAACAAAGACUGCACAGGGAUUUACUCCAAAAUUACCUAGCAUAUCAACCGCCCUGUUCAAAUGUAACCACAGUCGAUUUAAUUUUCAUUCUAAAAUAUUUCUACUUUGAUGACAAUGAAGAGAAUUUUCACGUAUACACGGAGACCUGUUUGAUUUGGAAUGACCCAAGACUCGCUUGGAAGCCACAAGAUUAUGACGAUCUAGAACAGAUUUUGAUGCCAGCAAUCUUUUUAUGGAGACCUCAAUCGGCAUUCAAAAAUGUCAAUGACUUGAACGACGAAUCUGGAGAUAGCAUACAGUCAUCAACUCAUUGUAGCGUGGCAAAUGAGGGUUAUGUAAGUUGUUCGUUACGACAGCAUCAUGCAACAAUUUGUAAAACCAAAUUGAAUAGCUGGCCCUAUGAUGUCCAAUUUUGUUCUUUCAAUCUCAUCCCUGAACGGUCAGAGAGAAUUGAGUAUAAACGACGUCACAAAAUAAUAUACCCUUCACCUUUAGGAUUGAUAAGAAAAAACAAAACAUACGGUCCUGGGUGGAAUAUAGUCGAUACAAAUUUUGAUAUCAUAGAAGUUAACGGUACCAGUAUUAAAUUUGAUUUCUUAGUGCAAAGACGGGCUUUGGGAUUUGCUUCAAUUGUUAUAAUACCCUCGAUACUUUUGGUUAUAUUUACUUUAUCUUUAAUGUUUUUGGAUGUGAGGUGUUAUGUGAGAAUUAUGAUGGCAAGUUUGACUUUGGUCAGCCAUUUUACAUUAUUGGAAAUCAUAAGUGUUUUUAUACCGCAUCAUGAUUCUGAUACUCCUUUGAUAUUAAAGUUUAUUUUCGCGUCUAUUUUUAUAACAACUUGUGUAAUUGUUUUGUCUGUCUCUUUAAAUUUGUUACUAAAAAAACUAACGAAACCGUCAACGAAUGUUGGUGCUUUUAAUAAACGUGUAUUGGAAACACGUUUAAGUUAUUUAAUAUUUCCAAAAUGGAGAGUUGUUUCGAAUGAAGACGGUGGGGAUUUGAGUGUUGUGAAAAUUUGGACUGAUUUUGCAAGUAUAGUCAAUAGUUUAUUCCUACAUACUUUUUUUGUUGUAUAUUUGAUUUCGUACUGUGUUUUUAUGCCCCAACCUACAAAAGUUUGAUUAUAUAUAUUAUAUACAAUUUUUUUGAUAUUUCUUGGAUAACUAAUAAUAGUAGCUGCUAGUACAGAACAUUAUUAUAAUGUUUUUAGCAAGUAUAGAAACAUUUAAAUAUCUUUACUGUAACAAAAGUGUAGUGUACUUGAAUCGUUGAAAAAAAUAUUAUGUAGGACAAAAAUUGUUUUUUAAUUGAAAUACAUAGUUGUUUUUAAGUACCUAACCACGAAACUCCUGUGAUGAAUAAAAAUUUUAUAUACAAGACUCGGGAUUCCAAUCAAAUUAAAAAAGUAAAUGAGUUUGUUCUU